CCUAUAUCCUCUUGCUCUUCACACCCCCCUCGCCUCCGCCCUCGUUCCUUCCCUCGCCUUCGUGGUGUCUCCUCCUCAACCUUCUUCCUCCUCCUCUGCUGCAGCUUCAACCCCUCGGCCAACUGCCACUGCUUCAUUUGCAUUUGAAGGUCGCUGUUGGGCCGGAGGGCGCGAGGCAAUGGCCCCCAAGGCCGGCCGUGGCAAGGGCAGGGGGGGCGGCGGCGGCAAAGGCGACAAGAGGAAGAAGGAAGAGAAAGUUGUGCCCAGCGUGAUAGACGUCUCGGUUGUCACCCCUUAUGAAUCCCUUGUGACACUCAAGGGGAUAUCUACGGACCAUGUGCUGGACGUGAGGAAGUUGCUGGGGUCGAAUGUCGAAACGUGUCACCUGACAAACUAUUCACUCUCCCAUGUGGCACGCGGGCAGCGGCUUGAGGACGGCGUGGAAGUCGUGUCGCUGAAACCCUGCACGCUCAGGAUCGUGGAAGAGGAGUACGCGACGGAGGAGCAAGCGGUGGCGCACGUCCGCCGGCUGCUGGACAUCGUCGCCUGCACCACCGCGUUCGCCAAGCACCGCAACGGCGCCGCAAAGCACAAGCCAUCCAGGCACGGCCGCCCCACGACGCCUCCUUCACCGCCCGCGCCCGCCUCAACCGGGGCCAAUGGCGGCGAGGCCGCGCCGCCGAUAUCGGAGGCGCACGACAUGGCGGCCAUCCGCCCGCCGCCGAAGCUGGGGGAGUUCUACGACUUCUUCUCCUUCGCGCACCUCACCCCGCCCGUCCACUUUAUCAGGAGGAAGGAGGCGAAUGGCGAGUCUCAGGAAGGCGGUUACUUCGAAAUCGAGGUGAAGGUUUGCAACGGGAAACUUCUGCACGUAGUUGCUUCGGUAAAGGGUUUCUACUUGGCAGGGAAGCCACACACCGUAUGCCGCUCCCUGGUGGACCUGCUACAGCAGCUCAGCAGUGCAUUUGCUAAUGCAUAUGAGGAACUGAUGAAAGCUUUUGUGGAUCACAACAAGUUUGGGAAUCUGCCAUAUGGAUUUCGUGCGAACACAUGGCUUAUUCCUCCAACGUACGUUGACUCUGCUACAAAGUGCCCAGCACUGCCAGUUGAGGAUGGGAAUUGGGGUGGAAACGGGGGUGGCAGUGGACGCGAUGGAAAAUAUGACCAAAGACGGUGGGCAAAAGAGUUUUCUAUUUUGGCUAGAAUGCCAUGCAAAACUGAGGAAGAGCGGGUGAUCAGAGACCGGAAGGCUUUUCUUUUACACAAUCUGUUUGUAGAUACAGCAAUUUUUAGAGCUGCGUCAAUGAUACGGCGACUCAUUGAUUCGUCUAUGAACUCAACUAGCGCACAAACUGGUCCAUAUGGUUCGAAAGUACUUGAGGAACGUAUCGGGGACAUGCAUAUAACUGUAAAGAAGGAUGAGGCUGAUACUAGUUUGAGGCUUAAGGACAAAGUUGAUGGAGUUGCUUUCUGUCAAACGGGUGCUAUGGAUAUAUCACAAAGGAACCUUCUCAAAGGUUUAACUUCUGAUGAAAGUGUUGUUGUUAAGGAUUCUUCGACACUAGGAGUGGUGAUUGUCAAGCAUUGCGGAUAUACGGCAACUGUGAAGGUUUCUGGAUGCAUAAAAGACUGUAAUGAUGGUAAACAGACCUGUGAUACCUCUGAUAAUCUUGAUGGGAUGCUGAACAUUGAUGUACAUGACCAUCCAGAUGGAGGUUCUAAUGCCUUGAAUGUUAACAGUCUAAGAAUACCACUACCGAGAAUUAUCAAUCCUGAAAUUGCUGUUGCUAACCAGUACCCUACCCCAAAGUUUCAUGCUGAUAAUUCUGCAAGGAAACUAGCACGUACAGUACUUGAAGACAGCCUGAUAAAGCUGUAUAGCAUGCCUUGCAAAAAUCCUAGAAUUAUCAGAUGGGAACUUGGGUCGUCCUGGCUGCAACACUUGCAGAAAAAGGAUUCUCCAGUGUCUGAGAAUGGUAAGGGGAAUGCAACAAAUGUUGACAAAGGGCCAGCUGUCAAAGGUCUAGGAAAGCAUUUUGAACAGUUAAGGAAGAUUAAAAAGAAAGGAUGCAAUAUUGAAGGUUCCAGCUCUGAGAAGGAAGAAUCUAACAUUAACUGCUUGUCGAUGAAUGGUAUGCAAGAAUCAGAUAAGAUAUCAGUUGAUGAAAUGAAUAAGGAGGCUGAUAUAAGCAAGCUGAUGUCAGAGGAUGCUUUGUUUCGCUUGAAGAGUUUGGGAGCUGGCCUUCAUGAAAAGUCCCUUGAAGAGCUCACCAAGAUGGCCCAUAAUUUCUAUGAUGAUACCGCACUUCCAAAGCUGGUGGCUGAUUUUGCCUCCCUUGAACUUUCCCCAGUGGAUGGAAGAACCAUGACUGAUUUCAUGCAUACAAGGGGACUUAAUAUGUGCUCCUUAGGCCGUGUGGUAGAGCUAGCAGAGAAGCUCCCACACAUCCAGUCCAUAUGCAUCCAUGAAAUGGUUAUUAGAUCCUUUAAGCACAUCAUUCAAGCUGUUAUUGCAACUGUGGAUGACAUGCAAAAUAUGUCUGCAGCUAUAGCUGAGACUCUGAACAUUUUACUAGGAUCUCCCAGACUUGAAAAUGAUGCUAACACAGAUGCCCAUAGUGAACAUAAUUUGCGAUUAAAAUGGGUAGAGAGCUUCCUUUCAAAAAGAUACUGCUGGGAAUUGAAAGAUGAAUUUUCACACUUGCGGAAAUUUAUCAUUCUGAGAGGGCUUUGCAACAAGGUUGGACUGGAGUUGGUUACCAGAGACUAUGAUAUGAAUAGCCCUAACCCAUUUGACAAAUCUGACAUUGUCAGCAUUGUUCCUGUAUGCAAGCAUGUGAUCUACUCAUCUAUUGACAGCCGAAACUUGCUGGAAUCAUCAAAGAUGGCAUUGGAUAAAGGAAAACUCGACGAUGCUGUCAGCUAUGGAACAAAGGCCUUGUCCAAAAUUAUAGCUGUUUAUGGUCCAUACCAUCGACUGACUGCUAAUGCAUACAGCCUUCUUGCUGUAGUGCUUUAUCAUACUGGAGAUUUUAAUCAGGCAACUAUAUAUCAGCAAAAGGCACUUGAUAUCAAUGAGAGGGAGCUUGGUCUUGACCAUCCGGAAACUAUGAAGAGUUAUGGGGAUUUAUCUGUCUUCUACUACCGUCUGCAGCACAUUGAAAUGGCUCUAAAGUAUGUCAACCGUGCACUAUAUUUGCUUCAGUUUUCUUGUGGGCUUUCACACCCGAAUUCAGCCGCCACCUACAUAAAUGUGGCUAUGAUGGAAGAAGGUAUGGGAAAUGUUCAUGUUGCUCUUCGGUACUUGCAUGAAGCCCUGAAGUGCAACAAGAGAUUGCUAGGAGCUGAUCACAUCCAGACUGCUGCAAGCUACCAUGCCAUAGCCAUAGCCCUUUCAAUGAUGGACGCGUACUCGCUAAGCGUGCAGCAUGAACAAACUACCUUGCAGAUACUUCAGGAGAAACUAGGGCAAGAUGACCUUCGAACUCAGGAUGCUGCUGCAUGGCUAGAGUAUUUCGAGUCAAAAGCAUUAGAACAACAAGAGGCCGCUCGACGAGGCAUGCCAAAACCUGAUUCAUCUAUUGCAAGCAAAGGGCAUCUUAGCGUAUCAGAUCUUCUUGACUUCAUAAGCCCAGAUCAGGAAAAAAAAGAGAGGGAGAUGCAAAGGAAGUGCCGACGUGCAAAGAACAAUAUCAGAGCCCAUCAUGGCGAAUCAGUUGAAGAAAAGGAGAAGUUCCAGCAUGACUCGGAAUCUCCUCUUGAAGCAAUCGAAGACAGAUUUCAAGAAGAAAAACUGGAUGUGCGUCCUCCAGUGGUAUCAGAAGAAAAUUACGAUGUCCAUGAUGAGCAGAAGCAAGCAGGUGUUUUAUCACCUGAAAAAUAUUCUGACGAAGGGUGGCAAGCAGCUACUUUGAGAGGGCGAUCUGCAAAUGUAAGGAAGAAAAGCAAUCACAGGAAGCCAGCUCUCACGAAAUUAGUGGUUGAUCACUUCGAAGAUGGUCAUACAGGUUCUGUUUAUAGGACUGGUUUACAGCCACAAACAAAAGGAGAUAAAGAAGAUGCUGUAAGCGCUCCUAGCCAACUCUCUUUUGGUAGCUUUUUUGAAACCGACAAGUUGAAUGGGGAUGCCAGCAUUAUCGAGGAUAAGUUUUGCAAUGCUCCAGCUAAACCAGAACGGGGUGCAAAGCCCACAGGAAUUAACAGGCCAACUAGCAUACCUUCCAAGUUUGUAUCAUACAAAGAUGUGGCUGUUUCGCCCCCUGGCACAAUCUUGAAACCAAAUUUCGAGCAGAAGGAAGCAAAGGAGAAGGAUAAUGGACACGAUAUUGAUUUAACACUAUCAUCCGAGGAAGAAGAUAGAAAGUUUACAGAAAAAGAGGAGGAAAAGCCAAGUGAUUACAGCAGCAAAGAGGUUCUUUCAAGUCAACCAGAUGGAGUCAGUCAUGUAGAAACAGCUCCUGAUAGCAACAGUGACGAAAGCCCAUCAGAACCUAAGAAAGCAUCUGGAAGCAAACUUUCAGCUUCAGCACCUCCAUUCAAUCCUGGGUCACUCGUAUCAGUGUCCCACCCAUACAGCACAAUGGCAAUAUAUGAUGCUAGUGCUGUUCUUCAGCCAAUACCAAGCCAAGCAAUGGAGAUUCUCCCUCAUGCCAUUGAUACUAGAGUGCCUCGUGGUCCUCGGUCAACCUUGUACUAUCGUACUGGACAUGCCUUCCAAAGGAAACAAGGUUACACACACAGCCAGAGUACUAUUGUGAUGGGUAGUUACUCCCCCACAACUAUGAAUCCCCAUGCUGCUGAGUUUGUGCCUGGAAAAAACUUGCAACAAUCUGAUGUGGCUGACAGAGAACCUAGUCUGACUAAACCUGUGACUGAUUCUGCUGAGGAUGUGGUUUCACAGGCCGCGGAUGAAGUAAUGGCUGAGACGCCUGUCACAGAAAAGCCAGGUCAAGUUGAGAAAGUCAUUUCAGGUAAAGGAAAGGAAAACAGAGGGAAAUAUAUCAUGAGGAAUUCGUACAAAACAGAACUUGCAAGGCAAAUUUUGCUCGGUUUCAUUGUGAAGUCAGUGCACGAUAGUUUAGGUUCCACUGGAGCUGAAUCAGGCGGAAAAUCAAGUGGAUCAGAUGAAGCUGGUAAUGAACAGAGCAGCAACAUAAGUAAGAAUGCCUCUGGUCGCAAAGAUUUUGAUAAACAACAGAAAGCCCCCAAGGUACCUAAAGGUGAGAAGGAUAUAGAGGGAUUUACAGUCGUUUCGAAACGUAGAAGGCGGCAACAGCCAUUCAUGAACCCCAUAAAUGGUCUCUAUUCACAACAGUCUAUUUGCACUUCUGUCGGUUAAGAUUGUUGCACUUUCUAAGACCUUUUGGAAGAUGGUACCUUUUACUUCGCUUAGACCGUUGGUAGCAGAGUUUUGCCCUAUCCAAAUGAGUGAGCAUGUAGUCAAACUGUACAAAGUUCCGGAAUACCCUUUGGUAAUAAAUCCAUUGUAAUUUGGUGUAGCUGUAGUGCUGAAUAAAACGUUUUGCCUUUGUAUGUUAUAUAUAACAGAAUCAUAGGAUAUAGCAGGUGUUAAGUUCA